AUGUUCUAUUUCAUUAACAAAAGAAAUUUAAAUUUUUGUUCCUGGGUACUUCUUUUUCUCUCAAUUGCAAUAACUCAUACUUGUGCACAUGGUGGUGAUGAUGAUAUAGAUGAGUCUAGCGGUAAAGCACCCUCUGUUAUGGCGAAUGAAGAAGUGCAUAAGCAUGGUACUUUUGCCGAAGGAAACAUAGGUCUUGGAUUUGGUCUAACAAUUAUGGCAGCUCUCGCUUCUGCUCUUGGAUCCCUUACACCAUUCCUCGACCUCUUGUUUCCUUUCAUCCCAUUCUUAGCUCAUAUUAAAAUCACUGAAUCCAAGGGUUUUCUUGCUGGUUCACUAUCGUUUUCUUCUGGAGUUUUAUUAUUCCUUACCUUGGGUGAUCUUUUCCCUGAAGCUAUUGAAUCAUUUAAAAAAUCGAACCUUUUUAAUCCAAAUUACUCCUCCCUAGUAGCCGCAUUGAUUUUCACCCUUACAAUUUUGUUAAUUAUGUUCUCAAAGGUUUUAGUUAAAAAAUUCAGAAAGCAAGACGAACGUGGAAUUAAUUCUGAAGAUACUAAAGUUGAUAACGAUAAUGAUCUUUCAAAUGACAAAACAAUAAACCGAAAUGAAUCACCAACAGGAAACGAUUUAACUGUAGUCACGAUUGACGAUAAUAGUUCAACUAGUAAUACUAUAAAUAAUAAAGAAUUCUUAAACUCACUAGAAUCUCAAAGACUUAAAAGUUUGGGUAUUCAAAUUUCCAUUGCUUUGGCGAUUCACAACUUCCCCGAAGGGCUGGCAACUUUCGCAACAACGAUUCGUUCGGAACGCAUCGGCAUCAUAUUUGCAAUCGCACUUUCUUUGCAUAAAAUCCCAGAAGGACUUAUAAUUUCCUUACCAAUAUAUUAUGCGACUGGAUCACGUUUGAUCGCUUUUGCUGUCGCGGCAACAGUAGGAAUUAUUUCUCAACUUCUAGGAGCUCUUCUAGGUUACCUUUUGUUCGUGACCGUAUGGAAUGAUGGUAUAUCAGGAGUUCUUUUUUCAAUCGUUUCAGCUUCCUUAAUGUAUGCAAUUUUACAUGGUAUGUUGCCGAUGGCACAUCAUUACGAUCCUAAGGAUAAGUAUGUUACAAAUUUCACAUUCUUUGGAAUCAUCUUCCUUGUCAUCGUCGCAUCAGUAUUAGAUAUAGCAUAA